AUGUUGGGGAAGGACUUUAUUGAUUCCUACCAAAAGUAUCAAGCAGUUGCAUUGGUUGGCGUUCAAGACUGGGCCGACCGACUGAGUUUUGCUCACAGCACUGUCAUCUUAAUUAUCUGCACUGCUAUCGUUUCGGCCAAGACCUACAUUUUGAAACCUCUGGCUUGUCAUGUGCCAACCGUGCCGACGGGUUCCAACUUCAAGGAUUACAUGGCUUCGUAUUGCUGGGUUCAUGGAACAGUGCCCAUCGGAAUGAAUGAAACUAUCCCAGAGGAUGAGGCCAGCUGGGAUGCUCUAUCAGCGGAGCGUAAAAUAAGUGAGCAAUAAUUGCUUUAAUUUCAACCACAUUGUUCCUCCGACUAAAGCUAUUUAGUUGUUAUGAACUAAUUCAGUCUGUACAGAUAAAAAGAUGUCAUCUGUUUUCCGGGAGAAGUUUUAUCUGGUUGUUCUUUGGCCGUUGAUUGCGGAUGCACAUUAAUACGAAACCACUUCAAAUGUCAAAAUAGGGCUCACAAAUAGAGAAUGUUUAUAUUGCAAACAGAAAACUGAAUACAGCUUUUCCGGAAAGAAGUAAAAGUAAGGACUGUCUUUAAUUAAUGACUACAAGCUGAGCUACGACUGACGUUGGUUGACAAUAGUAAAGCAACAUGUGACCUGCUUAACAAGUUUACAUGUUCCAUUUGCUUUCUAUUUUUAAUGAGAAGAUAGUCCAAACCAAUCCUGUCCGUAGAUAUUCGUAUCCAUAGAAAUCACUUCAGACAAUUUUUGACUAAACGUUCCUUCGACACACGGCCAAAUAGUUAGAAAAAGUUUGAAAUAGACAUUUUGUCAUUUUUACUAACCUGGUACGUUACUGCUUUUGUAAUAAAUCUCAGUUGUUUUCAGCUUAUUAUCAAUGGGUGCCAUUCGUCCUCGGUCUGCAAACAAUUCUUUUCUACAUACCACACGUGGUAUGGCAGAAUGUCACCUUCAACCGUCUGGGCACUGACCUCACCGCUAUCAUUACGAAGGCCAUGGACGCCCUCAAGACGACAGCACCUGAGAAGCGGGAAGAGAAGAUUGCAAACGUAGCAGAACGACUGGAACUGUUGCUCUUCGCUCACCGCGAUUAUCGGAGGGGCAAGAUGGCGGCUCUCGGUCGCCAAGUGUCAGACACAUGUGGUCUCCUAUUAGCCAGCAAGCGGCUUGGAACCUGGACUGUAUUCUCCUACCUCUGUAUCAAACUUCUCUACUUGGCGAAUGCAAUUGGCCAGCUGUACCUAAUUAAGGAAUUCCUGGGCUACGGUGACUCGAUGACAGGCUUCAUGAUUCAGCUCACACAGUCUCUCAUUCAGGGUUCGGACUGGCGAGAAUCACUCUAUUUCCCUCGCGUCGCCUUCUGUAGCGUGAAACUCCGCCAUCUGGGCCAGGCAGACAACCGUUUCCUCGGAAUGUGUGCUCUUGCCGUGAAUAUGCUCAACGAGAAGCUCUACAUCUUCCUCUGGUACUGGACGCUGCUGGUAGCUAUUUGCACAGGCGUGAGUAUUGUAAGCUGGUUCCUGAGACUGACUAUAAGGAGGAGAAAGACCAGAAUUAUUCGCAAGUACUUGAAGCUCGGACCGGAACUGGAGCCUUCAGAGAGUGAAAAGGAACUUGAAGGGGACACUCUUGACCCUGAUGAUCCUCGUACCGUUGACAAGUUUGUUAAAGAAUUCCUUCGACUUGAUGGUGUCUUUAUCGUCCACAUGCUGAACUUGAAUGCCGGCGACAUUGUAACGGGAGAAGUGAUUCGUCUCUUAUGGAAGGCUUGGCUAAACAAGUAUGCUGGUCGACGAGAUUUCGGCUAUGAUCCCUGGUGGCAGUAUUCCUAUCCGCCCACUGAAGACUCGCCAGAAAAGCUCGAACUUACGGAAAAGCCUGACGCUUAA